AUGCUGCAACAACGAAAACAAAUCUCCCUACUGCAACUGCUAAUGGGGCUAUAUUUUGUGAUAUGUUCCAUACAACUAUGUCGAAGCGAGGUCUACACAUCCCUGGCCGACAUGGAGGAGCUAUUAGAGACUGAAACUGUAUUAAUAAGUAAUUUAGAGGGUUUUAUUAAGGUCGAACAAGAGAAGCUGGAUUAUUUGAAAACAAAGAUGCAAGAAUACCAAAGAGAACAUGCCGAGGCUGCCAUGGAUGUUUCGGCAUAUGUAUCGAAUCCUAUCAAUGCAUAUUUAUUAACAAAACGUCUAACGACCGAUUGGAAACAAGUAGAAAACUUAAUGGCCCAUGAUGUGGGUGCAGAAUUCCUUAGUAACAUAUCCAAUUAUCGCAGCAUUCUGAAAUUCCCCUCAGAAGAAGAUUUAAAUGGAGCUGCUGUGGCAUUAAUGCGUCUGCAAGACACCUAUAAUUUGGAUACAUCAAGUUUGGCUCGGGGUGAAUUGAAUGGAGUGCAAUAUAGUACUGAAAUGUCCUCCGACGAUUGUUUCGAAUUGGGUCGCCAGUCAUAUGUGAAUCAUGAUUAUUAUCAUACUGUCUUGUGGAUGAAUGAGGCCAUGACCCGUAUGUCAUAUGAGCCACGUAACCGUUCAUUGGCUUUCUCCAAAGCUGAUAUUUUGGAAUAUUUGGCCUUCUCGACUUACAAACAAGGCGAUGUGGAAAGCGCUCUAUCUAUGACAAAUGAAUUGUUGCAACUGCUACCCACGCAUGAACGUGCCAAUGGCAAUAAAGUUUACUAUGAAAAGGAGCUGAAAGAGCUAUCUGCCAAGAAAAAGGUCAAAGGUGAUGACGGCAGUGAUGAAACACCCAAAUCGGAUUUGCCCAUUGCCAAGGCCGAACCAUCAAUAUACGACUACACUGAACGCAAAGCCUAUGAGCUGCUGUGCCAAGGCAAACUGAAGCCCACACCAGAUCAGUUGAGACCAUUGCGUUGCCGUUAUGUUGACAAUAAUGUGCCCUUCUUGAAAAUAGGUCCCAUGAAAUUGGAAGAAGCCUCAAAGGAUCCCUAUAUUGUCAUCUAUCAUGACGCUAUGUUUGAUUCGGAAAUUGAAUUAAUUAAGAAAAUGGCUAGACCACGUUUCCGUAGAGCUACCGUGCAAAAUGCCAUUACUGGAGAAUUGGAAACCGCUAAUUAUCGUAUUAGUAAAUCGGCUUGGUUGCGUACCGAAGAAUCUCCCGUUAUUGCUAAUAUUGUUCAGCGUACCGAAGAUAUGACCGGAUUGGAUAUGUUAUCCGCUGAGGAGUUGCAAGUUGUUAACUAUGGCAUCGGUGGUCAUUAUGAACCACAUUUCGAUUUUGCAAGACGUGAAGAAGUACGUGCCUUCCAGGGUUUGAAUACUGGUAAUCGCAUUGCCACAGUAUUAUUCUAUAUGAGCGAUGUUGAGCAGGGUGGUGCCACCGUAUUCACAGCCAUCAAUACCGCCUUGUGGCCCAAAAAGGGAACAGCAGCUUUCUGGUAUAAUUUGCAUCGUUCCGGCGAUGGUGAUUAUCGUACACGACAUGCAGCUUGUCCUGUAUUGACUGGAUCGAAGUGGGUUUCCAACAAAUGGAUCCACGAAGCCCGCCAAGAAUUCAGACGCCCCUGUGAUUUGGAACCUGAUCAUGGCGAAUUUGCCAUAUAGUGCAAUUCCUCAUAUUGUUUAAUUUUAAAUAUAUUUUAAA